CUGCAGUUCCACUAUCGAUCCAUCCACACACACACUCUCUCAUUCUCAUAUCGAUCGCCACCACCGCGUAAUCCGGCGGAGAUGUCAUCGAGCGAGCAGGUUCGCGCAUCGCACAUACUGAUAAAGCACGAAGGAUCUCGCCGGAAGUCCUCCUGGAGUGACCCCGAGGGCCGCCGCAUUUCCGCUACCAAAAGAGACAGCGCCGUCGCUCAGCUUAAGACCAUCCGAGACGAUAUCAUCGCCGGAAAAACCAGAUUCGAUGAUGUUGCAUCCCGCCUUUCUGACUGCAGCUCCGCCAAGCGUGGCGGCGAUCUCGGUCCCUUUGGCCGAGGUCAGAUGCAGAAACCUUUUGAAGAUGUCACAUUCAGUUUGAAGGUUGGGGAAAUCAGUGAAAUUGUUGACACUGAUAGCGGCUCCCACAUAAUAAUGAGAACGGGUUGAUGCUGGCUCGUGGAAAAGGAAGCGCUGUUGCAUAUGCCACAACUACAACAUGCUGAGUCAACACUAAAAAUUAUCAUGCUAUUAAUCUCUCUUCCGGUCUUCUUCCCCAUACCUAUUACAUAAACUUCGUGUAUUUGGCAAGCUGUACGUUGUUUUCGGUGUGCACUAUCAUCAAUAAGCUCCUUUUGUGAACCAAAUUGCAAGACUCUAGAUUGCUAUAUUCUGUUAUGAUCUUGGAUUAUUGAUAUUUUCUGUCGUGAUAAUUGCAUGAAGAUUAAGUUUGGGGUUA